GGCGCCCGUGACGCGAUGGUGAACGCCAGCCGCGUGCAGCCGCAGCCGCCCGGGGCCGCUGAGCCGUCUGCGCCCCGAGCGCCCGGGCCGGGCGGGCGGAUGGCGGGGCUGGGCGGCCCAGGCCUGCGAGAGCCGCGAGGCCUGGACAUCGAGAUGGAGCGCAUCCGCCAGGCGGCCGCGCGCGACCCCCCAGCCGGGGCCUCGGCCUCGCCGUCCCCGCCGCCCUCAGCCUGCUCGCGGCAGGCGUGGAGCCGCGACAACCCCGGCUUCGAGGCCGAGGAGGAGGACGAUGACGAGGAGGUGGAGGGCGAGGAGGGCGGCAUGGUGGUGGAGAUGGACGUGGAGUGGCGCCCGGGCAGCCGCAGGGCGGCCGCGUCCUCGGCCGUGGGCUCUGCGGGCGUGCGCGGCCGGGCUCUGGGCGGCUACCACGGCGCGGGACCCCCGGGCGCGCGGCGCCACCGGCGCGAGGACCCUGGCGCUUCGUGCCCCAGCCCAGCCGGCGGCGGGGACGCGCGGCAUCGCCACCUGGCCCUGGACGGGCAGCCGCCCCGCGUGGCCUGGGCCGAGCGCCUGGUCCGCGGGCUGCGAGGUCUCUGGGGAACAAGACUCAUGGAGGAAAGCAGCACUAAUCGAGAGAAAUACCUUAAGAGUGUUUUGCGGGAACUGGUCACAUACCUCCUUUUCCUCAUAGUCUUGUGCAUCUUGACCUACGGCAUGAUGAGCUCCCAUGUGUACUACUACACCCGGACGAUGUCACAGCUCUUCCUAGACACCCCCGUGUCCAAGUCAGAGAAAACUAACUUCAGAACUCUGUCUUCAGUGGAGGACUUCUGGAAGUUCAUAGAGGGCCCCCUACUGGAUGGGCUGUACUGGAAGGCGCAGCCUGGCAACCACUCCGAAGUGGACAACCGCAGUUUCAUUUUCUAUGAAAACCUGUUGCUAGGGGUCCCACGCAUCCGACAGCUCAAAGUCAGAAAUGGAUCCUGUUCUAUCCCCCUGGACCUGAGAGAUGAAAUUAAAGAGUGCUAUGAUGUCUACUCGGUCAGUAGUGAAGACAGGGCCCCAUUUGGACCACGAAAUGGAACCGCUUGGAUCUACACAAGUGAAAAGGACUUAAAUGGGAGCACCCACUGGGGAGUGAUCGCAGCUUACAGUGGAGCUGGCUAUUACCUGGAUCUGUCAAGAACCAGAGAGGAAACAGCCGCCCAGCUUGCUGGCCUCAGGAAAAAUGUCUGGCUGGACCGAGGAACCAGGGCAGCUUUUAUUGACUUCUCAGUGUACAACGCCAAUGUUAACCUCUUCUGUGUGGCCAGGUUAUUGGUUGAACUCCCAGCAACGGGAGGUGUGGUCACUUCUUGGCAGUUUCAGCCUGUGAAGCUGAUCCGCUACAUCACAGCUUUUGAUUUCUUCCUGGCAGCCUGUGAGAUUAUCUUUUGUUUCUUUGUCCUUUACUAUGCGGUGGAAGAGAUUUUGGAAAUUCGCAUUCACAAACUACACUACUUCCGAAGCUUCUGGAAUUGUCUGGAUGUUGUGAUUGUUGUGCUCUCAGGGAUAGCAAUAGGAAUUAACAUCUACCAAACAUCAAGUGUGGAGGGGCUCCUGUACUUUCUAGAGGAUCAAAACACCUUCCCCAACUUCGAGCAUCUGGCAUCCUGGCAAAUACAGUUCAACAGUAUAGCUGCUAUCACAGUGUUUUUGGUCUGGAUUAAGCUCUUCAAAUUCAUUAGCUUUAACAGGACUAUGAGCCAGCUGUCCACAACCAUGUCUCGGUGUGCCAAAGACCUCUUUGGCUUUGCCCUCAUGUUCUUCAUUAUUUUCUUGGCAUAUGCUCAGUUGGCGUACCUCGUCUUUGGCACUCAGGUCGAUGACUUCAGUACUUUCCAAGAAUGUAUCUUCACUCAAUUCCGUAUCAUUUUGGGAGAUGUCAACUUUGCAGAGAUUGAGGAAGCUAAUCGAGUUUUGGGACCACUUUAUUUCACUACCUUUGUGUUCUUUAUGUUCUUCAUUCUUUUGAAUAUGUUUUUGGCCAUCAUCAAUGAUACUUACUCAGAAGUGAAAUCUGAUUUGGCCCAGCAGAAAGCUGAAAUGGAACUCUCAGAUCUUAUCAGAAAGGGCUACCAUAAAGCCUUGGUCAAACUAAAGCUGAAGAAAAAUACUGUGGAUGACAUUUCAGAGAGUCUGCGGCAAGGGGGAGGCAAGUUAAAUUUUGAUGAACUUCGGCAAGAUCUCAAAGGGAAAGGACACACUGAUGCGGAGAUUGAAGCAAUAUUCACCAAGUAUGACCAAGAUGGAGACCAAGAACUCACCGAACAUGAGCAUCAGCAGAUGAGAGAUGACUUGGAAAAAGAGAGGGAGGACCUGGACUUGGACCACAGUUCUUUACCACGACCCAUGAGCAGCCGAAGUUUCCCAAGGAGCCUGGAUGAUUCUGAGGAGGAUGAUGAUGAAGACAGUGGACACAGCUCUAGGAGGAGGGGAAGCAUCUCCAGUGGGGUUUCUUAUGAGGAGUUUCAAGUCCUGGUGAGACGAGUAGACCGCAUGGAGCACUCCAUUGGCAGCAUUGUGUCCAAGAUUGAUGCUGUUAUUGUAAAGCUGGAGAUCAUGGAGCAGGCCAAACUGAAGAGGCGGGAGGUGCUAGGGAGACUGCUGGACGGAGUGGCUGAGGAUGAAAGACUGGGUCGUGACAAUGACAUCCACAGGGAACAGAUGGAGCGACUAGUGCGGGAAGAGCUGGAGCGCUGGGAAUCUGAUGAUGCAGCUUCUCAGCUCAGUCAUGGUCUAGGCACACCAGCAGGACUCAGUGGACAGCCUCGUCCUAGAAGUGCUCGCCCUUCCUCCUCCCAGUCUGCAGAUGGCCUGGAAGGUGAGGGUGGAAACAGCAGUUCCAACAUCCAUGUGUAACACUUGUGUCACUAUGUGUCACCCAGCAGGUGAGAUGGUGGCUAUCACCAAUUACCAUAAUGAUUUCACUAUUUAUAUGCUCUAAGUAACAUAUGAUACUGGUCUGUGUGACCAAUUAUUAAUCUUUUGCACUUUAAUUUAUUGUAUAUAAACUUUACCCAUGGAUCAAAGAUUUCUUUCAUUUUCUCAUAUAAGAAAUCAAGAUGUAAAUAUUGAAUUCAGGAAAAAGAAAUUAUUGAAAAGCAACUAGAGUGAUAUGCCCAGUUGCUACUCUGCCUAAGUCUGCCCUUUUGACAAUGAUGUAGCCUUUUAAAGCUGGAAAAGAAGUGUCAAGGGGCUGCUGAGUUGCACUUCCAGCCACAAAACCAGUGUUGUCACUUCCAUUCAGUGUAUGAAGGGAAAGGAAGGCAUCCUUGCUAUUCAUGAGCUGAAUAUAUAGCUUUCCUAUAAGAAAGGAGUUUUAAUUCAGCUACCUUCCUGGGGUGAACUUUUCUAAAACUCCAAAGCACAGAAUGGGUAUAUAGCCAUUAUACUAGAAUCUGUAUGAAUGGUUAAUGUAAAUGUUAAGUACUAUGUAAUUUUUGUUAUUUUCUCAUACCUAAUAUCUGCAGAACAAAAUCACUUUUUAUAUUAUUUUAUCUUUCAUUAGAAAUAAAGUGAGUAAAACCAUUGGAGAUCAAUUACAGAAUAAACAGUAUCUCUUACUAAAACAUAAGAGAAUUUGAGGGAACCCUAAUUUGCUUCCAACUUUGACAUUUUCAGUAAUUUGCUAGUAUAAAAUUGUAUUAGUCACUUUCCCUUCAUUAGUACAAAAUACUGAACACUUAAAGGAGGAGAGAGUUAAUUUGGUUCACAGUUGUAAACUGGGUCCAUGGUCUGCUGGCUCAAGUCAGAAGCAUCAUGGCGGAAGGAUGUGGUGGAACAAAGCUGCUCACUUCAUGGUGGCCAGGAUGCCCAGCUGGUUGGAAAGAGGGCCAGAGAGGAAAGGGCUGGAACCAGAUAUGCUCCCCAAGGUAACACCCCUUUUACCAACCCAGACACCCAAUAAGUGUGCUUUACUAAUCUGCUAGGAGCCUUUUAAUCCAGUCAAGUUGAUAAUCAGGAUUAGUAGCGACAUAAAUUUACCCAUAUGGGGGAGGGGGAUCUAUUUCUCAAGAAAAAAUAAAACAUUUUUAUUUUUAAAAUUAAAAUUUUGGGGGGCCGGGGAUUUAGCUCAGUGGUUCCGGUGCCUGCCUCGUAAGCAGAAGGUCCCAAGUUCAAUCCCUGGUACCAAAAAAAAAAUUAAAUUUUUUUUAAAACAGUGUUGAAUAAUGUGACCUUUUGAGAGUUUAUGGGAGAAGCAAGAGACAGUGCAGUGUUGGUGAGAAAUCUUUAGCUGGGGAACCAGUAGAAGAAAGUCCUAUUUCUUAAUGCUGGGUCUUUAAUUCCCAAAUUGCUCACUCAGUGGGUAGAAAAUGUCAGUAUAAUUUCCAGUGAAAAUGUGAGUGGACCAGCCUUCCCAUGUUGACUUCUAUGGGAGUGAAGCAGCCUGGGUUUCUUCAGUGUCACUCUCCAAGACUUCACCUUUAUCUUUCAUAUGCUGCACACAUUUCUUUAUUCCUAGGUACUGAUGUACACACUCCGGGGGAAUUGGGUGUACGUUUGUGUGUGUGUGUGUGUACCAUGUUACUAAGUAUAAACAAGCUUCACUGUGAAGUGCAUCCUCACUGUCUAGUGUCUAUGUGUACUGACCAUGUGCCAUGUAUCAAUCAUGGUCACAAGAAAGUGUUUAUUAUAUUUGUUAUUAGUAAUGUGCUGUCUUUCAUUUCACAUGUAAAAUGUUGCAUAAUUCUUCCCUUGUACCUGUAAAUUCUAUACAUUUUUCAGCUUCCAUCAUGGAGAAUUCACUCCUCAUCCCUUCUCCCACCAUAUUCCCUUCUGCAUUGUUGUAAUGAAGAUAUUACAUAUGUGAACUUUUCUCAACAAUUAAGAAUUUCUUAAUUGUAUAAUACUGAACACUUUGCUUUUUAAUAAAGGCUUGAUGUGAUAACAGA